AUGUGCUUUGGCACUAGCUCCGCUGUAAUCAAGGCUAAUAUUCCAGAAUCAACUAACGUGGAGUUUCCCAUCAAUUCCUCACAAGCAUCAGAGAUGAAAAAUUUUUCGGGAGGGGCCAUCUCAGAAAUUUUACCUAUCCGUGGGGGUGAAGUAGUGCCAAUUGUAGCAGCAAGGUUUAUAGAGAUAUGUAAAAAUUUGAAACCAUUCCAUGGAUCAAGCAUAAGGAAUCUUAUUUUUUCAUUUUGCAAUAGUUUGUCAGAUAAUAAAAUCAAUGGAAUUAUUCAAUCAUGUCCAAAUAUAGUGUAUCUAAAUUUCAAUGCUACAGGUAGACUAGCUAUCAGUGGUACUGCAAUUAUUAAUAUUGCUCAUGCAUAUCUGAAUCUAUUAAGACUAGAUCUUUUUGAAUGUGGAUAUAUUAGCAACACUGCUAUCAGAAAAAUAGCACGUUUGUGUCCUAAUUUGGAAUAUCUCAACCUUGGAAUGUUUUGUUUAAUGAGUGAGGACACAGUAUGUAUUAUUGCGCAUUCAUGUCAAAAUCUUAGGUAUCUUGGUCUAAUGAAUUGCAAUAAUACUGAGAUUAAUGAUUUUGAAAUCAAUGUGAAAGAAUAG